GAUAAACCCGGACUACUCUUUGCACCGACAGUUCCUUGGUGAUUAGGAACACUUCUGAGAUCACAUGUCUUUCAUUCUACUGCGUUGUCCUAUCAGCGCGUUGGAUCAGCUUCCCAUGGCUUUCAGAUCAACUCUCGGAAAUUACCUCGGGGUAAUGGCCAUUACAACCUAGAAAGGAAAUUAAAAAAAACGGAGGUGACGUUAUGUAUGAUAUUGCAUUAUUACAUUCUGAUUCAUUGCACGUCAUAAAGUACGGCUCAACACGUUGAUAUAAAUUGUAGAUCAUCAUCAGGAAAGUCUGGCCGGAAGUGGAAGUCUGGACUACUUCGCGCGUGUAACACUUUGUCACGUGUUGCUGUAGUACGUUCAUAUCUGAAGUAGAUCUCAAAGGACUUUCAAUGACCAAAAACGUGAUCUCUUUAUCUGAUUUCUUCACUUUAUUUAGCCAUAACUCUUUAUUAUGCCAAUGGGAGUAGAAUGAUGAUUGCCAAUUUUCAUAAAAUUCGUUACUGUGAUUACUGAAGAGUGCUCAUUAAAACAGCAUGCCCUUCAAGCCCUUAAGAUAGGAUAGCGUGCGUAUCACUUGGAAAAUAAAGAAUGUUGGUAUGGUGCAAGUGUAAUCAUCUUGAGUAUUUUUCAAACCUGGAAUUGACCUUAGAGAAAGUACGCAAGAGAGGAGAUGAGAAAGUAGGGCAUCAGGUGGACUCAAGGGGAUGUUUCUUCAAAUUGCUAUUAUUCACGGUAACCUUGGACAUUUGCACGAGAUCAGACAACAUCGCCUUCAUUCACAGUGACGGAAACUAAAUUAUUUUGAUAAGCCUCUGCGUUCGAACGUUAUAAAAGAGACAUGUAUUGAGCAAUUCCUCAAACAACGCACCACCUCUGGAGGGCAGUUUCGAUGGAUGCUAUGGGAAACUUUUCUUCUGGUGUUAAUAGUAAUGCAAAGAUGGUGUCAGAAAGCGAGUUUACAAGUGAUAAUUCCUUCGAUUAUAACUACACGAUGCCUCCGUACCCGUCUCGCGACAACUUCAAUAUCAUUUUCUCCGUGUUUGCUGGGUUUAUCUGUUUUGUCGGGAUCGUAGGAAACUCGUUAGUAAUCGUUGUUACACGUAACCGAUUAAAGGGCUUACACAAGACGAUGAGCGUCUUCAUACUUAACCUCGGCGUAGCAGAUUUCUUAUUUCUUGUAUUUUGUGUGCCUAUAUCAGUCGUCAUUUUCACAUCGGAAUCUUGGCAUUUAGGGUUGAUCAUAUGUAAGCUCUACGAGUUCCUGGUACACGCGUCAAUGUUAGCAAGCAUAUUUACACUGGUAGCUAUGUCCCUGGACAGGUUCUCAGCAGUGGUGUAUCCGUUAAAGUUGAUACAACAUCGUUCCAUUUCAAAUGCAAAAAUCAUUGUCACGUCAAUUUGGAUUGUUUCAUCCGCUUGUGCUGCUCCACAUUUGGUUUACAAUGAAGUCACAGACUACGGCGAAGGUAUGCAACUCUGCCAGACCGUAUGGCCGACCCUGGAUGCCCGGAAAACAUACCUUACAUUUGUAUUCUUAGUGGGCUAUCUGUUACCGCUGUUCUUCGUGACGUGCGCUUACGUGAUGAUCCUGCAUGCUCUUUGGAAGACUCUCCGCAUCAUGAAAGGGUCGCGCGAAUCCAAUAUGGGCAAGUCUAAGCGAAAAGUAACGAUAAUGGUUUCUGUAGUUGUGCUUGUCUUUGGUUUGUGCUGGUUCCCCCAUCACCUCAUCUUCAUGUGGCAGAGCUAUGGCGACUUUCCUUACAACGAAGGAACGAUCAAACUCAAAGCCGCUUCUCUGUGCCUUUCUUACAUCAAUUCGUGUCUCAACCCCAUCAUCUAUUCCAUCAUGUCUGAAAACUUUCGCAAGGCCAUGAAAAAAGCCCUGCAGAAGUGUGGCGUGGACUCAACAAACCCUCAAGGUAGUGGACAAGGCAGGGGAGCACCUAUCAUUAGACUAACACCAGUCACACAGCACAAUCAUCAUUUCCAAGCUCACCACCACCAAGAAUCCAACAGGCGAUAUUAUCCUCACCGUAAUCAUCAUCGUCAUCGUCUCAGCGAUUCGAAUCGAUUGCAGAAUACGAGUACCAAACCGAUAACAUGGUAGAAUGGUAUAACGAAGAGACGUUCCAAGUCCGUCUUGUUAUGUGUAUAUAUAUAUAUAUAUAAAUAUAUAUAAAGUGAUUCAGACCACUUACAAAAAGUCUUGUUGCCCAGACGUCUGCGUCUUAAUGUACUGCAAGUCCAAAAUGCAAACGCACUUGAUUUUCAAUCAAACAGCAUUUCUUUAUCAAUAAGGGACUUUAAUGUUUUGAGUAAUGGUCAAACGAUAUCAUGGUACAGCGGACGGUAUAAUACAUAUCAAAAUCUCGCAUCCCCUUCCCCUCAACUUACUUAAUACAUGGGGGGAACCAUACUUAAUACAUGGGGAAAAAUAUUGUUACUAAGUGAUCAUUGGAUGGUUAAUAGAUAGGCCUAAUAGUGGUAAUAAUUGGUUCCAUGACAUUUUGCUGCGGUGACAAUUGCUCUGAUGGCAAAUGUGCACGUUGAGCAAAACAUAUAAACAAACGUCCAAUUCUACACAAACCAUUGUCCUCACACUGUUAAAAAAAACUGAUUUUGCAGAAGAUUGUGCAAAAAGCAAUAACAGAAUCAUUCUGUAAAUUCA